GCAACUGAAGUUCAUUGAGGUUUGAAGAACCAAACAAAUCGCAAAUAAAAACAUGAGAAGAAAAUGGAAUCUUCUCUUUAAAUCUAAACAACUCACUGCAUUUGCAUUUGCAAGCCCAGCUUCUAAUUUCCGCGUCAAUGCGCUUCUUCGCUCUUAUUGCGAUCAAUCCCGAUCCCAACUUCGCCGUCAAAACCGUUCAGGGCCUCUUGUGCGGUACAGAAGUCUAGUUGAUCAAGGGAGAUUGCUGCAGGAUCCUUACCAAGAGAUUGUUGCUUCAGAGCUUGAGAAUUUGCUUGCAAGGUUGGAGCAGUAUGAGAAAGAUAUGGAGGAGUAUCAUGUAAAUCUAUCUAAUUGGGAGAAGAAGCGGGAGAAUGAGCGGCGAAGGAUUCUCAUGGAGGAAGUUGAGUUGCAGCAGAAGGAUGAGGAUUGGUGGAAGCGGUUGAACAAUAAGCUUACUGAAAGAUGGGCAUCCCGGAAAAGACCAGAAAAUAUGGAACCAGGGGUAGGGAAAUGGGUGUCAUAUCUUAAACGUGAGAAGAAGUUGGAUUCACUAGUUGGUCCCCGUCCAACUGCUCCUCCGGCUCCUAAGGGACUUUACAUAUAUGGCAAUGUUGGCAGUGGGAAGACCAUGCUAAUGGACAUGUUUUAUAGUGCCACGGAAGGAGUUGUUAAACAUCGAAGAAGGUAUCACUUUCAUGAGGCCAUGCUUAGAAUUAACGAACAUAUGCACAAGAUAUGGAAGAAUCAAGUGGAAGAGAGGCCUUUCCAAUCAGCCAUUUCUGGUUGGAUUAUGAAUCUUCCCUUUGACAAUAAAGCAAAGGAGUGGCUGGCUGCUGAAGAAAGAUACAAGCAAGAGGUACAGAUGAAAAACAUUCUUGCUGCUGUAGCAGAUACGUUUUUCCUGGAUCAAGAAGAAGGUGAAAAGGGAGCUAGCAUUUUGUGUUUUGAUGAGAUACAGACUGUUGAUGUAUUUGCUAUUGUGGCUUUAUCUGGAAUUCUUAGCAGAUUGCUGAGUAGCGGAACUAUUAUUGUUGCUACCAGUAAUCGAGCACCAAAGGACUUAAAUGAGGCUGGAAUGCAAAAAGAAAUCUUCCAAAAACUUGUCUGCAGAUUAGAGGAACAUUGUGAGAAGAUAUUGAUAGGAAGUGAAAUUGACUACCGUCGUUUUAUAGCACAGAGAUCAGAAAAUCAGGUACACUAUUUCUGGCCUAUUGAAAAGGAAGCCAUCAAGGAAUUUGAGAGAAAGUGGCAUGAUGUAACAGGCAGAUUGGGAGGAAGAAUUAUCUCCAACACCAUCUCAGUGAUGUUUGGAAGGACACUUGAGGUUCCUGAAAGCUGUCAAGGAGUUGCACGCUUCACAUUUGAGUAUCUCUGCGGUCGUCCGUUGGGUGCAGCAGACUAUAUUGCAGUAGCUGAAAACUUUCACACUGUUUUCAUAUCUGAUAUUCCAGUGAUGAGUAUGCGCAUCCGUGACAAGGCGCGGAGAUUUAUAACCCUUAUUGAUGAGUUAUAUAAUCAUCAUUGCUGCCUGUGUUGUUUGGCAUCCUCUUCAAUUGAUGAAUUAUUUCAAGGAACUGAGGAAGGCACACUUUUUGACUUGGAAAGUUUCCAGUUUGAAACUGAGACUGAAGGUGGGAAACUUCGCUGCAAUGUCUUGGCAGAAGGCAAGGUGGGCUCAGGAGGUGCCCCGGUUGGUAUCACAUCCAUCCUGUCCGGUCAAGAAGAGAUGUUUGCUUUUCACAGAGCUGUCUCACGCCUGAUUGAAAUGCAAACGCCAUUAUACUUGGAUGGAGCCAGUAAUUUCCACCCUUAUUUUCAGAGGCAACAUAAAAAGUUCCAAAAAGAUCGUGACAGCUUGCUAUCUGAGUCAUCAAUCUGAAAGUAAAUUUCUUUAUUCUACAUGAAGUAAAAUUGUAACCUGAUGCAAAUUGACUUUUAUACUCUUCUGUGGAGAUAGAUAAUCGGUCCACAUUAGUCAGUAAUAAGGACCAACAGACUAGACGAGUGAUCAAGUUACUGACAGUAUUGAUUUAUUCCUUACAACUGUCUCUUAAAAAAUGCAUAUUGCAUAAUGCAUAUAACGUGUAAUUUUGAAGAGGUUCUAAACUUCUAAUUGUAUAAAUGCUGAAGGAUUAAAUCCUAUCUGCAUAUUUGUUAGCUGUAAAGAUUGAUCCAGUUCAAUAAUAAAUCCUGUUACUUUGU